AUGACGGCUGAGAGCCGGCCGCCGCCGCCGCCGCCUCAGACGGAGGUGCUGGCGGCCGUGAAGGAGGAGCGCAGUGAGGCGGCGACCGGGGUCCCAACGGAGGCCACGGGUCGCGGCACCGGUGGGCGUCGGCGGAAGCGCCCCCUGCAGCGCGGAAAGCCACCCUACAGCUACAUUGCGCUCAUUGCCAUGGCCAUUGCGCACGCGCCUGAGCGCCGCCUCACGCUAGGCGGCAUCUACAAGUUCAUUACGGAGCGUUUCCCCUUCUACCGCGACAACCCCAAAAAGUGGCAGAACAGCAUCCGACACAACCUGACGCUCAACGACUGCUUCCUCAAGAUCCCGCGCGAGGCUGGCCGUCCAGGCAAGGGCAACUACUGGGCGCUCGACCCCAACGCCGAGGACAUGUUCGAGAGCGGCAGCUUCCUGCGCCGCCGCAAGCGCUUCAAGCGCUCGGACCUCUCCACUUACCCAGCCUACAUGCACGACGCGGCCGCCGCCGCCGCCGCUGCAGCUGCCGCCGCCGCUGCCGCCAUCUUCCCGGGAGCAGUGCCCGCUGCGCGCCCGUCUUACCCCGGCGCCGUCUACGCAGGCUAUGCCCCGCCGACGCUUACCGCGCCGCCCCCUGUCUACUACCCCGCUGCGUCGCCAGGACCGUGCCGCGUGUUCGGCCUGGUGCCUGAACGGCCACUCAGUCCAGAACUGGGCCCCGCGUCGUCGGGGCCCGCGGGUUCCUGCGCCUUUGCCUCGGCCAGCGCCUCUGCAGCCACCACCGGCUACCAGCCUGCAGGCUGCGCGGGGGCCCGACCUACCAACCCCUCUGCCUACGCGGCCGCCUACGCAGGCCCCGAUGGCGCGUACCCGCAGGGGGCAGGCAGUGCCCUCUUCGCAGCGGCUGGCCGGCUGGCGGGGCCCGCCUCGCCCCCCGCGGGUGGCAGCAGUGGUGGCGUUGAGACCGCAGUGGACUUCUAUGGGCGCACAUCGCCCGGCCAGUUUGGAGCGCUGGGGCCUUGCUACAAUCCUGGGGGGCAGCUCGGAGCCGGCAGUGGAGGCGCCUAUCAUGCUCGCCAUGCGACUGCCUAUCCUGGCGGGGUGGAUCGAUAUGUGUCCGCCAUGUGAGCCGAGCUUUCGGUCGAAAAUUCAUAGAUACCUCGGCUGUCCACAUGAACUAAGUUUCCCUGAGACCUGAGAACAGGACUGAAGAGAGGAUUUGAGAGCCACGUGGAAGGGAC